AUGUCUACAUUCUCCUAUUUUGGGCUAUUGGUGUGCUUCUAUGCAUGCGUAGUACAGGAAGUAUUCGGUCAAUGCCAUCAAAACGGUCAUGCUAUAGCAUAUGGGGCAGGCAAUAUUGGGUGCGUGUGUGAUGGAAGAAAUCGACUUGGCAUCAUCAAUAAUUUGGGCAACGGCUACGGGUGGAGUGGUACCGAAGUAGUCGGGGCCUAUGGUGGAGCCGGUACAGGUGACUUGGAUAUCGCUGGCGAGCUGCCGGUCGCAGGCGUCACUACAGUCGCUGGACGCGUACCGAUACUAGGUGCUGUGCAAUUCGGAGGCGGAGUGCCAGCGGCUGGAACCGUCUCUAUUUGCGGAAAAUGUAGCUGUGACUGCAACGAGCUUUAA